UUGUGUAGAAGGCACCAUGAAGGUCAGCUUCUUGGUUUUUAACAUUGGGCUGCUUCUGUCUCUGGAGGAGGUAGGGGGGUCCCGGGUGGGUAUUGUGGGCGGCAGGGAGGCAGAGCCACACUCCAGACCGUACCUGGCCUCCCUGCAGACCAGGGCGACACAUGAGUGUGGAGGCGCCCUGGUGAGGGAGGACUUUGUUCUCACUGCUGCACACUGCUCUAGGCGGUUCAGGGUGGUCCUGGGAGCUCACUCUCUUGGCGCCCGGGAGUCAUCCAAGCAGAAGCUGGAGGUUCAGAGCUACAUCCGUCAUCCUGGUUUCCAGGUUGUUGGGGAUGAUACGGACCUCAUGCUUCUCAAGCUUGCUAGUAGAGCACGCCUGACCAGGGAGGUGCGUUUGAUUCCGCUGAUGAAGAACCCGCCGUCCCCUGGCAGCCAGUGCAGCACGGCUGGGUGGGGCGACGUGGGGGACAAUCGAACCUUGGCAGACCGGCUUCAGGAAGUGGAUGUCAGGAUCCUGUCGCCGUCUGAGUGUGCUCGGAGGUGGAACCUGCCCAUCACAGACAAGAUGCUGUGUGGGACGGGACAGCAGGCCUUCCAAGGCUUCUGCUCGGGAGACUCAGGGGGCCCCCUGGUGUGCAGUGGAGAGCUUGCAGGCUUGGUCUCCUUCUCGGGCAAGAAGUGUGCAAACCCAUCCACUCCAGAUGUCUACAUGAGGGUGUCUGCUAACCUGCCCUGGAUACAGGAAGUCAUCGACAAAGGCUAGGAUGCUUCCUGUAUGAAUCUGUCAUGUGACCCACGUGGUCUUGUGGCAAUUAUUGUGUCUUUUUAUUAAGAUAUUGUUAGAGUUACUGUUCGAGUGAUUAAAGGAUUCUAACUUCCA